GAUCUCCGGUGAUACCAAGUGCAGUGAUACUGUCUCUUUAACUGUUACUGACCCCAGUGAAGGUGAGAACUAGUAACCCGAACAACAAAAAGCAGGAGAUUGGAGUCCAGCAGCAACAGAUACUCCACAUUAUUUUACGGUCAGAAACAACACUGGACAAUUCUGCUGCCAUGUUUUCAUUAUAUGUUGUGAUGAUUAUUGUAUUUCUGCAGCUUUAAGAUGUCAAAGAUGAUUUAAUUAUGCUAUAUCUCUUCAAGAAUCAGAUGCGCUCUAAUUUUACAUUUUCGCUCAUGUCAUAAAUAGGAUAGGUCGCACAUUCAUAAAUUGAAAUGUUGUAAGAUUCUUGUGUAAUAAAAUUAAAGAUGAAAAUUACAAACUCCGUUUUUACCUACGCAGCUGGAUUUGUAGCUUUUACAGUUAUGCUAUGUUUGCAAUAAAUACGAAAUUGUCACAGAGUUUGGAUAUCGGUGCCUGUUUUCAAUGAAAUGAGUGAAAGUUCAUGAAUGCAUGGUGUGUAAAACAUUAAUGAUGUUGAUUGGACUGUUUUAAAGUUUUGUUCAGUGUUAACAAAAAAUAGUAUUUAAGUUUGCAGUCCAAGAUGAUAUCUACAUGAGUAUUCAGUCCAUUACAAGUUAAAAGCAGAAAGAAUGGAAUACGUUUUUUCAAACGGGUGGAAAAUGAUCCUACAUGUGGACUUUCAUUGCUUGGUCAGUUUACUGGUAUUAAAAUUGAUUCCACAAUCAGCAGAAAGAUUUAACAAGAUGAACAAUGAGGUUGUUGACAUGUGAAACAAAUUGUGAUUUUAUUGUGUACUUAUUAAAAUAACACGUCAAACAAUUGAUUAAAAGCUCUGCACUAAAGCGUAAAGCCUUAUUAAGCAGUUUUACCCAAAAUGGCUUCUGUUAGGUGGACAGGAAGUGUCAGUUCUCCAUGGUGAAAGACAAAAGACUGAAGUCGGAGGUUUUAAAUUCCAAAAUAAAAAACAAUUUUUUAAGUUGUUUUGAUCAAUUCAGUGCAACUUGUGCCAAAAUAAAACGUAAAGAAUAUUCCUCCGACACACAGAAUGUCAUUAUCAGGCCAGGAAAUCAGGCUUGUUGUGCAGCGAUGUCACUUCCUGUGUUUGAAUGGCGCAGAUAAAAUAGAAAAAAAUGAACAAAAUGUUCACUUUUGACAGUAUGUGCAUGGACUGCUCUUCUUUUGUAGUUUUUUUUUUUUACUUAAUUUUAAACUAAUCUUUUAUUUAAUGAGAAAAAUUCUAUAUAUUAGAAAGUUCACUAAUGUAAUAAUUUGCAAAAUCUGUUAUCUUCAUUCUCUCCUAUAUACAUUAGGUUUUUGAGAAUUUUUUGUUUGUUCUGCACAUCAUAUCUUCCUCUAGUUUUUGAGCAAAUAAAUCUUUUAAUUUAAGCUAAACUGAACAUGACCUUUAAACAAAUGGUUACCUAAAACCGUUUAACUGGGGUGUCUUUUCAUGAGUCACCUUAGUUUAAGGAAGUUAAACUAAGUGUCAAAACACUGUGUGGGAAGUGUCAAGAUAUUUGUGGUAGUACUUAUUCUUUAGCUAUGAUGUUUUUCAGAUGAAGAUAAAAAAAGUGACCAUGACCUCACAGAACAGGAAACUAGCCCUGCUGAUCGGACAUUUCAGUGAUAUGAAAAGAACGUGUUAGUGUCAGAGCUGGACGUUACGAAGCGACACUCUGUGCUUGUUUGUGAACUUUUAACAUUUAUAAUGACAAAAGUUUUAGGUUUUAUUUUAGUGAUGAAUGCGCUUCUCUGCUGCGGACAUGCUGAAGGCACAAUUCUGACUAUUGAUCCCAACUGGUCGACUUUUCAUCCUGGAGAGAGAGUGACGUUCAUUUGUGACAUGAAUGAAGGCAAAGACACCGACUGGGAAUAUGAGAUAAAAAAAAAUGGAGAACAAUUUCUUCACUCCAACCCGCGAAAAAGCUUCACAUUACUACCUAUCCAAAUCGAUCACAGUGAUGAAUACCAGUGCUGUGGACACAGGAAGAGCUCUGGUGAUACCAAGUGCAGUGAUACUGUCUCUUUAACUGUUACUGCUCAACCCAAACCCACACAGACUGCAGGUCCUACAACCAUACCAGUAGGGGGCAGUGUGACACUGAGCUGCUCUCUGCCCUCUGCUGGAUGGAAAUACAAAUGGUACAUAAGGACCAAAAACACACCUGAAGUUCAACUCACUGAUGAAGAAAACAGAGAUAUUAAUGUAGCACAAGCAGGAAUAUACCGAUGUCUGGGAAUGAGACCAAAUGAAAACUAUCAAAGUCUUGUAAGUGACGAAGUCAGCAUCACAAUAAGCUUUUCCAAUGAGGUUGUUGUGACUCGACAACCAAACCGGCCUCAGAUGUUCAGUGGUGAGUCGAUCACUCUGACAUGUGAGGUCCAGGGAGGAGAAACCACUGAGUGGACGUGUGAAUGGAGGAGAGAUGGGAAAACUGUAAAAGUGGGAAAUGAUAAACACCUGACUGUCAGUGUUAAUGAGUCCAGUAGUGAAGAGUACAUGUGUCAGUGUAGACGCAGAGACGACUGGUUUUCUGUGACAAAGUGGAGUGAAAAGAUCCCAGUGUCUGUGUCAGUAAUGGUGUCCAGUCCAGUCAGCUCUUCAUUUCCUUUGCUCUUAAUUGUUGGACCGUUUAGUGGAAUCGUUCUCAUCGUCCUCCUGCUCUUGUUGUGGCACUACAGACGGUCCAAUGUUUUAUGCUGCAUCAGCAGCCAGAGCUCUGCCACCAAUCAUGGAGUGGAUCAGACUGAAGGUCACCUUUACAGCUCUCUGCUACAUGGCACCACCUCUCUGUAUGAGACGGUACAUCCAAGUGGAGCCACUGGAAAUGAGAGGUGUCAUAAUCCAGAGGAAGGUUCUGUUUACGUUAAUGUGAGACCAGGACAUAAAAGCUCAGCAUGAAGACCCCAGUGAAGGUGAGAACUAGUAACCCGAACAACAAAAAGCAGGAGAUUGGAGUCCAGCAGCAACAGAUACUCCACAUUAUUUUACGAUCAGAAACAACACUGGACAAUUCUGCUGCCCUGUUUUCAUUAUAUGUUGUGAUGAUUAUUGUAUUUCUGCAGCUUUAAGAUGCCAAAGAUAAUUUAAUUAUGCUAUAUCUCUUCAAGAAUCAGAUGCGCUCUAAUUUUACAUUUUCGCUCAUGUCAUAAAUAGGAUAGGUCGCACAUUCAUAAAUUGAAAUGUUGUAAGAUUCUUGUGAAAUAAAAUUAAAGAUGAAAAUUACAAACUCCGUUCUUUCCUACGUAGCUGGAUUUGUAGCUUUUACAGUUAUGCUAUGUUUGCAAUAAAUACGAAAUUGUCACAGA